UCCUCGGCGCGCACGGUUUUCGGAUGGGCUUUUUGUCGUCUAUUUCUCUUCAUUCCUUUUUUUUCAUACAACGAACUGUCAUCCAAACACACAAUUAUAUCAUAUAAUGUUUCUUUUAAUUAUACGAAUUUGUGAUUAAGUCAAACAUUAUAUUUUUUCAAUAGUGAAUUUGAAAAUUUUCUCGAGAACAUUUAAUAUAAGAGAAAAAAGAAAAUAAAUGAAUAGAAUAAGAUAAUAAAUUUGGUUAUCAAGGAUACGUGAACUGGGGGUGAACGUUAAUAGUGUGUUUUCGAUAAAGUGAAAUUUCCUUUUUUUAUUAUUGCUGUUUCUUUUUUUUGCUUUUCUUGUUUUCUCUUGUUUCUCUUUUAAUAUGGUUCAGGAAGAUAAUGUUGUCAGUGUGUUUGAUAAAUCGAUAUGUGACACUAAAAACAUCGUUAUGUUCAAUUAAAUCUAGCUUUUAAUUGACGUUUAUUUAGUAUUAUUAUUGGUUCAAAUUAAUGACGAGAUUUGGCAAGCUCGUUUUUUUUCGAUCUACAUAUCUUGACCUCGUGACUUGUGCGUCAUUCGCGCAUCGUACAUGGACAUGCGUAUAUAUGUAAAAGGAUUUUAGUUCUUUUCCUUCGUUCCUGUAAUACCACAGUGUGAUGAUACCAGUGUAUAAUCGACAAAUUUUCAAUACAAAUUAUUAAUUCAAGAAAAAUAUAUCUAAACAUUCGUGAAAAAUAAUAAUGAAAAAAUAAAGUAACAUAAAUUAUAUCAUAAAAUCGAGAAACAAAUGUAUAAAUAAUAUUAGAUCAAAAGGAUAUUGUUUGUGUAUUGUUGUCGUAAUAAAAUAACGCGAGUGUGUGUUAUCAUCGCGCGUGCUGUAUUAUUGAUAAUAUUUGAUAUGUUAUCCGAAGAAAAUAAAAAACUACAAAUAAAUGAUCAACGAAACUGUAAAGGGGAACCUUAAAGUGUGAUAUCCGUUUAGUUAUUCAUUUAAAUUACACGAAUUAUCUACAACGCGAGUGAGACCAUUCGAGAUUUUUCGAACGAAGGACACAUUGAAACGUUUAUAAAUCGUGUGGAAAAUUUUUCAACGAGAAGAUCGAUAGUCUCGCGAGUUUCCCCGUAAUCGUCGUCAAUUUUUUGCACCAUACGUGAUCAUCGAAAAUUUGGUUUUACUUUGGAUUUAUUUAAUUUCGUUGCUGUUGUUUCGCAAAAGAAUGCAGUCCGACGAAUGUUCGUGACGAAUACAGCGAUAAAACUGCGAUUAGUGAUGAAAGAAAAAAGGAAUCAACAACAACAACAUCUACGACGAUUCGUGAGAACGUUUCUAGGAAGCAUCGAAAUUCCACGAAGAGAAUGCAGGAAAGAAAAGUUCAUUAAAAAAAGCCGAGAAGAAUCGAUGAGAACCGAGACGAGUCGAGUUAAGGUCUUACGUGGUUGUUAUCAUUCUUCUGCUCAGUCAAUUUUAAUCUAUAACACGAGCAAUCAUCGUGAAACAAAUUCGUCGGAAAGUUUUAUAGUAUGGGAAGUGUUGAAGGAAGUACGAUCAGAAGGAUCAACGUUACGAUCUUAAAACAUUGCGUGGGAAGGAUUCACAGGAAGGAUAAACGAGACGAGAAGUUGUUCCUGAGUCAACGAAGUGAAGUUCAUAGUUGACGUGUUAAGAUGUCUUCUGGGAUAUCUCAUCAUGGUAUGCGAUGAUUAUCGUGAGAAGAAAUUGGGGAGUAGUCAAAUAAACGUGAGAUCUCGAUGAAACUCUCGUGUUAAAAGGAAAACUCGUGGAUGUCAGGAUUCGAACGAGAUUUAAUCAGAUCGACGAUGAAAAAUGUGACGAAUCCUGCCAGGAUUUUUCUACUACGAGUAAGAAGGUGUUAAGAGAAAAAAGACGAAGAGAAUGGAGCAAGUUCCUGAAGGUUGAGUGAGGACGAUAUUGUAUUAAAGGAAGAAAGAUUGAAAGAAAGAAAGAGAGAGAGAGAGAAAGAGUGAGAGAGAGAGAAAACACGAAUGAGAGGAUCAUCGAUAAUGACAAGUUGGAUAAUGCAGCCGAACGCUUCAAUUCUCGGCAUAAUCGCCAUCAUUUUCAUCAUGAUCACUGCCACGGCAUCAGAAGCCGAGAACGGUGGCGCCAUUGGUCUUGAUAUCAAUCAUCCUGAAGCCAGGAACACGGAUGAGGAUCAUCGACACUUUCCGGGUAACGUCAGGAAUACGAGGAAUAACAACAGCAACAACAAUAGUAAUAACAACAAUAACAACAAUAAUAAUACUAAGGAGAACAAUUUGACUGGAAAUAAAAUAAAUGUUAAUCCGACGAUAAGUUUAUCAUAUCCAAAGAAAAAGAGAAAAUUGGAAUUAACAACGUUAUCCAUUACGAUGACAACUAUCGUUGACAGGAAUAAUAAUAAUAAUAAUAAUAAUAAUAAUAAUAAUAAUAAUACAGGAGAUAUAAAGAGAAUUGACAUUCUCGAAGACGAGAAUAUCGAGUCGAGAAUUCAAAGGUACGAAAACAAAGGGCAACAACCUAUAGUUAGAAUUCAGGAUGAUCUAACACAGGAUUCAGGGUUGACGAUCACUCCACUGAGAUCACGUCAAAGGGUACCAAAUGACGUCACUACGUCCAGGGAUUUGUCGAUAGUUGGUUCAAGCGUCGAAAGCCGUACGGAAACCAAUGUCACAGUUAAGGCUACGUUCCUGGAAGUUCCUCGACAGGUUCCCUCGACUAGUAGUAGGAGUAAUAGUAGUAGUAAUAGUGGUGAUAGUGGUGGUAGUAAUAGUAGCACCAGCAACAGGAACGACGUCGAGUCAUCGUCGUCCUCAUCCUCAUCCUCGUCCUCGUCCUCGUCUUUGUCCUUGUCCUUGUCCUCUUCGAGUAACGUCAAAUCGAACGAGCUUCAUCGAUCUUCAGGUUUACAAUUACGUUUAGAGAACGAGCUUGAUCAAGAACACGAUCAGGGACGUUUGGAAUCAUUUACCGUACGUACGAUCGAUUCACCGGUAUCGAUACUUCGUGUUACCGAAUCUGUCGAACGCAAGGAUCUGAAUGACAUCAAAGCUAUAUCCUUUCAAGUUCCAAAGCCAGAAUUACUAGAAGAAAAAGAAGAAAAAAAAGAAGAUGAAGAUGAAGAAGAAGAAACAAACGAUAACGAGAAAGUACACGACCGGUUGUCAGACACUUAUGGUAAAUCUGUUCGAAGUAAUGUACCCGGUGGUUCAAUGGGAAUCGACAAUCCUAUUAAAAUGCCCACCGAAACUAGGAAGGAACGUCCUAGAAUGAUGAACGAGCUAUUGAUACCUGCCAACGAGAAAUCGACCAAAGCUUUCUACGAGAUCAAACCAUCGGUUAAAACCGAAAUUGAAAGAGUUAAUGAUAUUAUUCGUAAUCAAUCGAUAUUUACUACAACUUCUAAGACUAUGUCGGGUGGAAAAUUUGUUUUACAGAGCCUUGAAAGUGCUAUAGGGAAAUUUGGACCGUAUUUUAUUGACGGUGAUCAAGAGAUUAAUGUAACUGCUAGGAUCGGUAGUACUGUUAGCCUUGACUGCAAGAUCGGCUUGCUUGGUGAUAAACAGGUCACCUGGGUGCAACAACACAAGGAUUCCUUUCGAUUAUUAACCGUUGGCAAAAUUCCAUAUAGCAUCGAUGAAAGGAUCAAUCUUCAUUUUCGGUACCCAAGUAACUGGAAAUUGCAGAUCCUGUAUGCUUUGCCAAAGGAUUCCGGACUAUACAAGUGCCAAGUAUCUACUCAUCCACCUCUUGUGAAAAAAAUUAACGUUAUCGUCACAGCACCUAUCUUAACGAUAACGGACGAUUCUGGGAGAAUAGUUGCGAAGGACAGACAUUUAAAAGCUGGAAGCGCACUUCGUUUGAGAUGCGAGGCUAGGGAUAUCAUAGAAUCUCAAAAUGAAACGGUCAUCUGGAAAAGAGGAGAUGAAACACUCAUCGAAAAUGUUAGCGAGAACAGGACUACAGAGAUGACUGAGGGCAAGGAGGUUUAUGUGAUAGUAACUACUCUGAUCGUGGAAAGAGCAAGCCCGAGGCAUGCUGGUAACUACAGUUGCGUGGUACCUGGAAUAUCCAAGACAACUAUAGCUGUUCAUGUUCUCAAUGGAGAACUACCAGCUGCCGUGCACGAUGGAAACGGAGUAUCGCGUGCUGUCCUCAAUCUCUGGCUGAUUCAUUUGACAGUGAGCUACGUUUUCUUCAGAUGACAAUAUUAAGGUUGUUUCAACAACGUCGAUGCAUCCACAGCGCGACUAUCUGGAUUCAAUUUUCUUUGGGGGCGGGACAUCGCAAUGCGGUCUCGUAGAAACGAGACGAUGUACACAUACACACGCACACACACAAACAUCCACACAUUUAUACACUGAGGGUAAAUUCACACAGAGGAGACAAAUGCACAUGUACACAUAGAGGAGGAACAUAGGAGGACUUCGAAGCUUACGGUUGCCGGUAUCACGAUCAUCGUACAAUUCGAUUGGGAUCAAAGAUCAAGACGGUGUCGCCUGCAGGAUUGAAUCGUCCUGGAAAAGGAUCGAACGGAAAUGUGCACGUGGAUGGUCUUUUCUCGGUCGAAUAAAAGACGUUUCCUUCGGCACAUCAAAAAAACAGACUAUAAGAAACCUACAUACAUACACACAUACACACAUAAAAAUACAUAUAAGGAAGAUUCUAACGCGUAAUACAUAUGCAUUAAUAAAGAAACAAACAAAGAAAAAAAAAAAAA